GCCGGCGGCUGCUGCUCAUUACCGCCACACGUUUCGCGGACGCCGGUCGACCGUUCCCGUACUCGUCGUCGUCGUACCUCACACCACGAACACACGCGCUCCGUACAACACUUCUCACGCCGUCGUCGCGCGCUUAAUUUUACCGUCGCUUCGUUUAAUCUGUCGGCCGUCCCGACGGUUUUCACACGAUUUAUUUUAUUAUUUUAAUUAUUAUCAUUGUCGUUUGCCCUGCGGAAUAAAAGUUUACUGACUUUUAACGACAUUUUUAUUCUCCCGCCGAUAUUUUGUGCGUACUUGUGCACUUGUGCCGUGUUAUUAACAAUUAUACAUACUUUUUGACGUUCAUUUUUUUUUUGUACUUUGAAUUAUUUUUGUAAUUAUAUGUGUCUUAUAUGUUGACUCGUUUCGCUUUUACGGAACUCAAUUUUCGCCGAUUUUCGCGCUCUUUAAAGACAUGGUCGAAGAAUCAAAAAACGUUUGAAAACUACUGAAUCCUCUUCGAAUACACAUCAGACUGUGUAUAUAGUCGACGACGUACCCCUGCAGGAGUACGAGUAGCGGAAGAAGUAGUGGUCUGUUUAAAGACCACUUUCGAACAAAUUGUCUAUCAUUUUUAUAAUAUAAAAACGCACUGAACGCGUCAUGGAGGUGGGUCUGAAGAAGGACUCGCCCAUUACAUACAGCAACGGAAAGCGCCUGUUCACCAUCGACCAGAAGGUGGAUGCGCUGGUCCGCAUCAAGAUGACUGGUUGUUCAAAGGCCGAGGUGGCCAGGAGCCUACACGUGGCCGAGUCCACGUUUCGCGGCUGGUUUAAGAACAAAGACAUCGUCAUGAAGGCAGAGGCCAAAUAUAACGAGAUGAAGUCAAAGUCUUCGUCCACGUCAUCCGACGGCUACAAGUCUGACGACAAUUCCAAAUCAUUUUCUGUCGACGGCUCAGACAACAACUCAUCGACGUACACAGAUGAGCGAGAGGGUAGUCUGUCAAGGUUCAGCAGCCCAGAUCCGUGCGUAUCCAAUCCAAUUCGCCGCAGUCCCGAGAGACUUCAUCACCACCAACAGCAUCAUCAUAAACUCAAGCUGAAAAAACAACAGCUCAACAAUACUUUGAGCUUGAACAACAACAACAAUGUUGGUGGUGGCUUGCUCGGUGGUGGUCUGAUUGGUGGCGGUCUCAACGCUGGCCUUAAUGCCAGCCUUAACGCUGGUCUCAAUGCAGGGCUCAAUGCAAGUCUCAGCUCCGGGCUCAACGGAAGUCUCAGCUCCGGGCUCAACGGAAGUCUCAGCUCCGGGUUCAACGCUAGUCUCACCGCAAGUCUUAACGCGAGUCUUAACGCAAGUCUCAGUGCCGGUAUCAACGCAAGUCUCACUGCCGGUCUUAGCGCAGCUGCACUCAGCGGUGCCCAUGGCGUUCCCGGCCUAAAUGGCGGUCUCAACGGCGGUCUCAACGGUGGUCUCAAUGGUGGUCUCAAUGGUGGUCUCAGCCUUAAUCAGCAACAACAACAACUGCAACAUCAUUUGACGCAGCUUGCCCAUCACCCGCUCCAUCACAAUAUGUCGUCCCUUGGCGGCCUCAAGAGCAGCAACGUCGCCGCCGCAGCAGUCGCCGCCGCCGCCGCAGCCGCAGCGGCCGCCGAUCAUGCGAGUCUCAGGCUGAGCCCCGCUGAAAUUCAAAACAAGAUCAACAAUUACUUUGGCCCGUCCCCAUUGCAGACGGCUCCGCUACCAAGUUCAGUCAGCUUUCUAACUCCGAAUUUCACGGCGGAAAAUUCCUACAACAAGUCCAGCAGUUUCAUCAACACCAUGGUGACGGCCACGCUGAUGGAGCCGCAGGCAUUGGAUUUAUCCACGCACUCAAGGAAUAAGUGUAAGGAUUGCAAACCGUCAUUAACCACAACCAUGGUCACAAACACCACCACCACCACUACACAACCGAGCUCGAAAAUACUGAGGCACAAUUCUUACAGAAACCUGUACAAGCCGUAUAAUAGCAGGUGCACCGACGACAUCGUACAUACUAGACAAGGUAUUAACCCCAGGAACCCAAUGUGGCAAUUGUAAACCAAAAAGAAAAAACCUAAAAUUACGUGUCGUCCACAUCUUACUCAAAAAAACAGAAGAAAAAAAAUCGCAAAAGGACGGCCAAUUUACCUAUCCGCCUCCCUCAGAAUUCAUCUCUAAACAUUUUUAAAAGGACAAAACACUAUACAUUGGAAC